CUCGAGCGCCAGCUCGCACCCGGCCCCAGCCACGCGGCGCCGCUUCCUCCCUCCCUCCCUCUCCGACUCUCCCUCUCCGCUUCCCGAGGAGCGAGCGAGCGCAUCUCUCUCCUCCCCUAAACCCCGCCGCCGGCCGCACCCUGAUCCCGUCCGCAUCGCUUCCUCCCGACGCGGGCGGGUCGGAAGCUCAUGAGAUCGCGGCCAUGGCGGGCCCCACCUCGCGGCUGCUCCUCCUCGCACGCCGCGCCGACCGAUGUAGAAGCCUGCCCCUGCUCCUCCCCCGCGCCGUCCACGCCGCGGCCGCGGCGUGGGCGCCCUCUCCGACGGCGCCGCCGCCUCGCCUCCCAGCCUCAAGCCCGGUGAGGAGCUACUCAAAUGCAUUCACCAGUGUGCAUGGAGAGAGGCCAUCAUCAGAAUAUGCAAAGAUCAGAAAGGAAUCACUAGAAACCCAGUUUGGAAGAAUCUUGGGGUCAAGUUCGCGCAGGCUCUUUGCUGACCGAGGCUUUGGUCCAUUCCUCGCGCUUUACAGGGCUGCUACUAUCUCUUUUCAUGUUGUGAAGCUCACUAUUUGGCAUUUAUUGCUGAACGACAUGCGCAAAAGGGCAGAAAAGUUCCGAGAGACCUUGAUACGAUUGGGUCCUUUUUACAUCAAGCUUGGACAGGCACUGAGCACACGUCCUGAUAUACUUCCCAGUGCAUACUGUCAAGAGCUUGCAAAGCUACAGGAUCAAAUACCACCAUUUCCAACCCGCAUUGCCCUCAAGACCAUCGAGUCUCAGUUGGGUUCCCGAAUUUCUGAUUUGUUUGUGGAUAUCAGCCCCGAGCCGAUUGCAGCAGCAUCACUGGGUCAAGUUUACAAAGCUCAUCUACGCUCAGGAGAGCUUGUCGCAGUCAAAGUUCAAAGGCCUGGAAUGGCGCCCUUGCUGACUCUAGACGCACUUUUGUUUCAUAUGAUUGGAGGGCAACUGAAACGGUUUGCUAAGGCUCGUAAAGAUCUACUGGUGGCAGUGAAUGAGAUUGUCAGGCACAUGUUUGAUGAAAUUGAUUAUGUUUUAGAAGGAAAAAAUGCUGAAAGAUUUGCUACUCUUUAUUCUCAUGGUGGGGAUACUUCUGAAGGCAGUACAAGUAUCAAGGUCCCCAAAGUAUAUUGGAGUUAUACACGUAAAAGCAUAUUGACACUCGAAUGGAUUGAUGGAAUUAAGCUAACUGAUGCUGAGGGCAUCAGCAAAGCCAACUUGAACAGGAAAAGGAUGAUUGAUGAGGGUCUCUAUUGCUCAUUGAGACAGCUGCUUGAAGAAGGCUUUUUCCAUGCAGACCCUCAUCCUGGUAAUCUAGUUGCAACUGAAGGUGGAUCUCUAGCAUAUUUUGACUUCGGUAUGAUGGGAGAUAUUCCAAGGCAUUAUCGUGUGGGGCUUAUACAAAUGCUUGUACACUAUGUUAAUCGUGACUCCUUGGGCUUGGCAAACGACUUCCAUUCACUAGGAUUUGUCCCUGAAGGAACAGAUUUACAUGCUGUUGCAGAUACAUUGCGCCUUUCUUUUGGUGAUGCCAGGAGGCAAUCGAAUGAUUUUCAGGGCCUAAUGAACCAUCUGUAUGAUGUCAUGUAUGAGUUCGAGUUCAAUUUCUCUCUCCCUCCUGAUUAUGCACUGGUGAUAAGAGCUCUGGGUUCUCUAGAAGGGACUGCAAAAGCACUGGAUCCUGAUUUUAAAGUUAUUGAGAGUGCAUACCCAUUUGUCAUUGGGAGACUCCUGGCAGACCCCAGCCCAGAUAUGAGGAAAAUAUUGAGGGAGCUUCUUAUAUGCGAUGAUGGAUCCAUCCGAUGGAAUCGGCUGGAGAGGCUGAUUGCAGCUAUAUCUGCACAAUCCGCAGAGUCUUCAAAUGCAUCUGGAGCUGGCUCUGCUGAGGAUGCCAAUGGAAGUUCUAAGUGGAGAUCAUUUGAUAUGCAUUCAGUAGUUGCAGCUACAGAAGACCUUUUUGACUUCAUUUUAUCGAGGAAAGGAUGGCAGGUUCGUGUUUUCCUUGUUCAGGACAUCAUUAAAGCUUCAGACGCGUUCCUCCAAGAAGCAACAUUCCCAUAUAUAUUUGACAAGGAGGGAAAGAUGGGAGAGCUAAAUCCAGAGAGAAGCAAGAUGAUCAGGAGGCUGGUGAAUGCUGUUCAAUCAUUCCGUCAAGCCAUCAAUUUAGCUCCAGAUGCUUGGAGUGCCAUGCUAAUCCGUACCUUGUUGAAACCUGAAUCACAAAAAUUUGUUCUUGAUGUGUUUUUGUCCCUGGCAAGCCAUUCCAGUUACAAGAUUCCAGAAACAUUCUGGCUUUGUAUGUCGAGAUUUCUGAAUUACUUGGACAAGAAAGAUACGCUUUAGGAGCAGUUCAUAUUUGCAGUUUUUCUUUUUCUA